AAAGAGCCCCUACUCCAAGCAUUCUACUCAGAAUCCGAAGAAGGUUCCAGAAGCACCAGAAGUCUCUGGUGUGCUCCACUAAUUGCCCUGUCUUUAUAAUCCUUUUCUGAUACAUUCCUGCAAUCUGUUAAUACCUAAAACCCCAAAAUCCAAGUCAUCCCCCAAAAGCAAAUCAAAGCUAACAAAUUCGUCUACCAUGGCCGACGAAGCCAAAGCCAAAGGCAACGCUGCCUUUUCUUCCGGCGAUUUCAACACAGCCAUCAAACACUUCACCGAAGCUAUAAACCUUUCCCCGACUAACCACGUUCUUUACUCAAACCGAUCUGCAGCUUAUGCUUCUCUUCAUCAAUACGAGGCUGCAUUAUCCGAUGCCAAAAAAACCGUAGACCUUAAACCGGACUGGUCCAAGGGUUACAGCAGGCUUGGUGCGGCUCACGUCGGUUUACACCAAUACCAGGACGCAGUUUCAGCCUAUAAAAAGGGUCUCGAGAUUGAUCCUAAUAAUGAAGCCCUGAAAUCCGGCUUGGCUGAUGCUCAAUCGGCUGCGACGGCUUCGGCUUCCCGAGCUAGGGUAGCACCGCCACCUAAUCCUUUUGCUGAUGCUUUUCAGGGGCCUGAGAUGUGGGCGAAGUUGACGGCGGAUCCGACGACUAGGGUUUAUUUACAGCAGCCGGACUUUGUUAAGGCGAUGCAGGAUGUUCAGAGAAAUCCUAGUAAAUUGAAUGAGUACUUGAAAGAUCAGAGAGUUAUGCAAGCUUUGGGGGUUUUAUUGAAUGUUAAGUUUAAGACACAAGGUGGUGGGGAUGACAUGGAGAUUCCAGAGGCGGAUUCACCACCACCUCCGCCACCUUCACAGCCCGCUAAGGAGGAGGCGAAGAAGCCACAGCCUGAGCCGGAACCAGAACCGAUGGAAAUUAUGGAAGAGGAGAAGGAAAAGCGACAGAAGAAGGAGAAAGCUUUAAAGGAGAAGGAGGGUGGAAAUGCUGCAUAUAAGAGGAAGGACUUUGAGACGGCUAUUCAGCAUUACACGAAAGCAAUGGAGCUUGAUGAUGAGGAUAUUUCGUAUAUCACCAAUCGGGCUGCUGUUUAUUUGGAAAUGGGCAAGUAUGAGGAAUGCAUUAAAGAUUGUGACAAGGCUGUUGAAAGAGGUAGAGAGCUCCGAUCAGACUUUAAAAUGAUUGCAAGAGCCUUGACAAGGAAGGGAACUGCUUUGGUGAAGAUGGCGAAAUGUUCAACAGAUUAUGAACUAGCUAUUGAGACUUUCCAGAAAGCUCUUACAGAGCAUCGCAAUCCGGACACGUUGAAGAAACUAAAUGAUGCAGAAAAGGCAAAGAAGGAACUUGAGCAACAAGAGUAUUUUGAUCCAAAGAUAGCUGAUGAGGAGCGUGAGAAAGGGAAUGAAUGUUUCAAGCAGCAGAAGUUUCCAGAGGCUGUGAAGCAUUAUACGGAGUCAUUGAAAAGAAACCCAAAAGAUCCCAAGGCAUACAGCAAUAGAGCUGCAUGCUACACAAAAUUGGGUGCAUUGCCUGAGGGAUUGAAGGAUGCUGAGAAGUGCAUUGAGCUUGAUCCAACUUUUUCUAAGGGUUACACAAGAAAGGGUGCUAUUCAGUUCUUCAUGAAGGAGUAUGACAAAGCUUUAGAAACAUACCAAGAGGGGUUGAAACAUGAUCCUAAUAACCAGGAAUUGCUUGAUGGCGUUAGAAGAUGUGUAGAGCAGAUUAACAAAGCUAGUCGAGGUGAUUUGAGCCCUGACGAGUUGAAGGAAAGACAGGCCAAGGCAAUGCAAGAUCCAGAAAUUCAAAACAUUCUCUCAGAUCCUGUCAUGAGACAGGUGUUGAUUGAUUUCCAGGAGAAUCCAAAGGCAGCACAGGAGCACAUGAAGAAUCCUAUGGUGAUGCACAAGAUUCAAAAGCUGGUCACUGCUGGAAUUGUCCAGAUCAGAUAAAUGUGAAGGAAAAUUUAACUUUUUUUUCUUUUUCCAGUUCAGUAAAUUGCUGUGUGAAUUUCAAUGGGAUGAAUUCAUAAAAACUAGUUUCUGUUGGAAAUUUUCUCAAAGUUUGCUGGUUAUAUAGAUCUGCUAUGAAAUUCUCUCA